AUGGGUGCCUAUCUAUCUAUGCUCACGCAGCAGAUGUGGCCCGCGAAAUCAAAGUUCAAAGUUGAGGAUAUCCCCGACUUGACAGGUAAGGUAAUGAUCGUCACGGGUGCCAACACUGGCAUCGGGAAGGAGACAGCGAAGGCCUUGCUUCAGCAUAACGCAAAAGUGUACAUUGCCGCGAGGAACCAGGAGAAGUCUGAGCAAGCUAUCAAGGAUCUCGAGCAACAAACCGGAAAGACCGCGCUUUUCUUGAAGUUGGACUUGGCCGAUCUUCAUUCUGUAAAAGCGGCUGCGGAGGAAUUUAAGAGCAAGGAGAGCCAGCUACAUGUGCUCUUCAACAAUGCUGGCGUCAUGAUAUGCCCCAUCGACCAGGUCACCGCUCAGGGGUACGACAUGCAAUUCGGCACCAACGUGCUUGGGCACUUUUACUUCACGAAGCUGCUCCUCCCCACUUUGCUAGAGACAGCGAAGACCGCGCCCGAGGGCAAAGUGCGCGUGAUCACCACGUCAUCCUCAGCACAUCUGUUCUUCGGCCUCGAUUUUGCAACGUUCAAGGACGGCCCGAAAAGGAGGAAGAUCGAUCCGGGGCGGUUGUACGCCCAGAGUAAAUUCGGGAAUGUCGUGUUCGCGAAUGAGUUGGCCCGGAGGUACGGAGAUCAGGGCAUUAUUUCGGUGUCGCUGAACCCCGGAAAUAUCAAGAGUGACUUGCAACGCUACACCACUGGCCUACAGAGAAGAAUUAUCAACUCCAUUCUGUAUCCGACCCCUUACGGUGCCCUGACCCAACUCUGGGCCGGCACCUCUGCUGAGGGUCUGACUCUGAACGGUAAGUAUGCGAUCCCCUGGGCACGCGUCGGUCCUGCGAGGAAGGAUACGGCGGACCCCGAGCUCGGGAAGGAGUUGUGGACGUGGCUGGAGGAGCAGGUCAAGGACAUUUGA